AUGGAGGGGGUGGCCCCUGAGGACCAGGAGCGGGUCGCCGAGUAUAUGGGGGUGGUGGAAGGCGUUGGGUGCCGCCAGGUGGUGUUGGAUGAAUAUUUAGAUGGGGUGGUGGACGGGUAUCAGCGGCGGCAUUGCCAGGAUGCGGAUGCCAGGGAGCAGGCAUGUGAUGGGUGCGAUCCUGACUGGGAGGGGCCAGAGGUAGAUCUGGGUGAGUUAGGCAGCAUGCCAGCAAGGGACGCUGCUAGGGAGGCGCCGUUCGAGGCAGGCAGCAUGCUAGCAAGGGAGGCAGUGAGGGAGGCGCCAUUCGACCCAGGCAGCAUGCUAGCGAGGGAGGCAGUGAGGGAGGCGCCAUUCGAGCCAGGCAGCAUGCUAGCGAGGGAGGCGCCGUUCGAGUCAGGCAGCAUGCCAGCGAGGCAGGCAGCGAGGGAGGCACUGAUUGAGGCAGGCAGAAUGACAGUGAGGGAGGCCGCCAGGGAGGCGCCGUUCGAGUCAGGCAGCAUGCCAGCGAGGCAGGCAGCGAGGGAGGCGCCGAUUGAGGCAGGCAGCAUGACAGUGAGGCAGGCAGCGAGGGAGUCGCUGAUUGAGGCAGGCAGCAUGCUAGUGAGGGAGGCGCUGUUCAAGCCAGGCAGCAUGCCAGCGAGGGAGGCGCCAUUCAAGCCAGGCAGCAUGACAGUGAGGCAGGCAGCGAGGGAGGCGCUGUUCGAGGCAGGCAGCAUACCAGCAAGGGAGGCGCUGUUCAAGCCAGGCAGCCAGUUGCCAUGUGAGCCCACCAGUCCCACCCCAUCCAAUAAUUCAUUUUGCAGCCAGCCAUCCAUUUCCAUGGCGGUAUGGCACACCCAGCAGGUGCAGGCCCAGCAGUGGGCUGCCAUGGAUAUCCAGCAGCAGCAGCAUCAGACCCAGCAGGGUUUGGAUGAGGAGAUGGCCCAGGCCGAAUGCAUGCAGUGGCAGGAUUAA